AUGGAUCUGAGAGUUCCCGAGUCAAGGCUGCUGGCAGACUCAGAGUCUCAAAUCAAUUCUCAUGGCCAUAGGAACAUCGAUGGACAGCUGCAGUUUAUAGUCAGACAAAGAUUAUUACUGCAACAACACAUCACCAGUAGAGUGACGUUUGCUAUCCACACAAAGGUCUCAAUACUGGUCACCUUCCAGUGGAAUAAGGGCAAAACUGGAACUACCAGUGCUACAGUUUGUCACGGUCUGCCUCAAUCAGCAGGAGAGGAGACCUGGCAGUCAGCUGUUUGUGUUGCAAGUGGGCGUGGCAACGAGCUCCAGCUGAUCCUGAUCCUGCUAAUCAGAGGGCCAGGGGAUUUAAGGAGCGGUGUGACACAACUCCACUGCCGGUUGAUUCUCUCACCAAGGUAUCUCGCCUCGUAUCCUCUAACCACGCCUGGAGUUGUAUUCCACGUCCCGCCGUUCAGGAUCCUCUGCCCUCCACUCUCCAUCGCUCGCUCGCUCACCUGCCUGCCAACCUACACCCUGGACUCAUACAACCAUCUCCUGACCACCUCCUCUUCAGUCAUCGGUCCUCUCGCCUCUUCUCAACUGAUCUUCACCCAGUCCACCACCGCUAAGCCCUGGUCUAUGACCGUAAGAACAAUUCUACCCAGAAAUGGAUUAUUCUCUUGGUUCUCUGGUUCUGGCACAAGUUUCACGAUUGUUUAUUGUUUUAAGAUUCCAGUCCCGUCCUGUUCCUGUUUUUCUGGAGCAGCGUCUUUAGUUUUCCUUAUCCUCAGUUAAUAAUUUUACUAUUUUACUUUUUGUGUGUGGUUCUUCAUGUCCUGGGUUAAACAGGUUGCCCACAACAUGACAGUUUUAUUCUUCUUUGCUUGUGGAC